AUGGAAAUAUCUUGCGAAACAAGCAUCUUUGAUUAUUUUCCAGGUGCAAAAGAAUUCUUGAAGAAAGAUAUAACUCUUAUAUAUCUUGCAUUGUUUGUUUAUUUCCUUCUAAUGGUAUCAACUAUAUAGGUAAACUUAUUUGGACUGAUAGCAGUUCUCCUCAUGCACUUACUUCCUUUUUUGCUUUUAUGAUUUGCCAGUAGGAAGCUUUCUCAAAUCCAUACAAAAGGCAUCAUUAAUUACCUGCCAGCUCCUCUUCAAGACCUGCUACUUCGCCGAUCAAUAUUUGAUGUCCUAUGUGAAAUCUGGUUUGUGCCCAAAAUUACUUUAUACUUAAAGAGAUUUGCUUUGCCGUUCUUCAUUAAGAUGGACAGAGAAGAGGCUUAUGCGAUGUUUGACGAUCUAGAUCCAGAUUUUGCUAAAGCUUUAGAUACUAAAGGAGUUAUUAAUAUUCUUCCACAGCCGAUCUACAGUGUUAUAAUGCCAAAAGACUUGUCAGUUGAAAACGAGCUUCCUUCUCUAAGAGAGCCUGAGCCAGUAGCUGAGCCUCUCCCAGCUCCAGAAUCCGGCUUAAUCCAAGUCAUGAGUUUUGACCCCAACGAUCAAGUCGUUAGAAUUACUAGCAAACGAACUGAGCUUUUAGGCUCAGGAAGCAGAGUUGAAAGGCCAAAACCAGAAAUUCACAAUAAAAUCGAUGAAAAAAUAAAAGAAAUUACCCAAAAAAUCCCAACGCUCCAACCAGUGAUGAGCAAAAUUCUUGGUAAUAAAUUCAGAGCUUUAAUGGAACUAGUCAGCCAAAAGUCAUUGAUAAGUUGUACAGUUGGAUCUGGGCUAGCGAUUUUACUGCAAAUUAUGUUUUCCAGGCAGUCAAGAGCAAUGUCUUUGGUUGGGAUAAAAGUGGCAUUAUUUAUAGGCGCAUUUUCUGCUUUAGGGUUUUCACUAUUAGGGCUUUUUAUAAAGUACCUGCAUAAGCAAGUUGAAGAACCAAAGAAAAAUGAAGAGGCUGAGGCUCAGCAGAAUGAAGAGCAGGAACCUCAUCAAUACCCAAGUGUAAGAAGGCUCUUGGAAGAAAGAACUAAAAUCAAAUCAAGGUUCAACACUAACUCCCCCUCCGUUAGCGAACAAAAAUUUUGAAUAUAAGUGAUAACUACUAUCAUGAAAUCUCGAGCUAAUUCUGUUGAAUUUUAAAUAAAUUGAGUUUUAAAACAUAAAUUUUACAAAUUAAUUAAUAAUUACUUUCCAAAUUUUGAGAAUGGGAAUUUUUAAAUUUCGAAAAAAAAUAUUUUCUAUAAAUUUAUACAUAAUUUCUUUAAAAAAAAACCUCCUCCGUGAGCGAACAAGAUUUUUUUUGUUUGGUCACGGAGGAGGGAGUAAGGGAGAUAAGAAUAGCUUCUUCAGCCCUGAUUUAAAUAUGGCUAUUUAG